UAGUCUUAAACACUUAGCAAUAAAUAAAUGUAAACACAUAAGAUCAAUCAUACGCCUACUGCACAAAUAAAUAUUAUUUUCAAUCAAAUUAAAAAUAACUGAAAUUCUGCAAUUUACUUUCUUGCCAUUUCAGAAAUUUUUUUUUAUGUGUCUUGUUAAUUCUGUUACCAAACCAAACUUUACAUUGUCUUCAUAAAACAAUCACACACAUGCUGCAGUGUUGCCCAGGGUGAACACAGGGCUAUAUAUUGUCCUUGAGUUUAAGUGAAAUGGAUAGCACUAUGUAUAUGACAGUGCGGUGGACAUAGAGAAAUGACACUCAAUUACUGUUUGUAUGUUGACCUAUGAUUAUCUGUUUACUCAUGGCGAUCUAUUGAACGGUUUAGAAGUUAUUGCGCUGCAGCAUCAUCUAACGGCGAGUUACAAAAAAAUGGAUAGCAUAAACACCUUUUCCAUGAAAAACACUUUGUUGAGCCAACUUUUAUGGCGAUCUGUCAAACGGUGUCUUGAGUUUAUCAACAUCUUACAUAUCAACAUCCUAUUUUAUAAAGAUAUGAAAAUACAAAUUUUGGUAUGUUAAACAGAUUCAAAUAAAUGUGGACUUUGUUUCAAAGAAAUUUAAAAUUGAUGAAAACAUAUGUUAUUAUAUAAUUACUAGUUCACAUUCAUGAAUAUAUUGCAAACAAAUUUUUUUUUGAAAGCUAAGGGCUACCGUGAAAACAUGUGCUUUCGCUGCGUCAACUGGCGUGUCAACUAUUCCUUCACUAGGGAGCCAGCAGAUCCACAUAGCAUUAUUUCUAGGUCCUUUGCCAUUCACGACAUUGAAUACAAUUGUUGACUUCAGGUGCUCUCUACUCACAGGACUUGUGGACAUUAAAGGAAAAUAUUUCAUGAUAAAUCAUCAUGGGAAAAAAAUGGUGAUGUUUCAUAUUUUAAUACGAUACCUAUAGUAAGCCAAGAAUUUUCAGAUUUGUCAGUCAGGUUAUAAGACAACUGAGAAAAUAUAUUUUCAUGCUAUUUUCUAUGUGUUAUAAAGACAUGGAAAACAAUGACACGGUUUUGAUUUUAUAACAAAACAUCAUUGAUCUCGUUUUAACACCUAACACACUAUACAGUUGAUAUAGCAGUAUAUCAGUUUUGUUUUCCGCAUACUUCAAAGGAUUACUAAUAAAAUAAUUUUUUCACAUCACUCUGAGUCACAUCCAAAAUGUCACUAUUAAAUUUAAAUGACUCAGCAUAACUAGGGCCCGGAAAUUUUCGCGAACCGCGAAAUAACGUGAAAUACCGCGAAAUGCCACCAAAAUUACAUUAUAUGCGAAAUUCCACAAUAAACCAUCUAUUCGCGAAAUAACCGCUAAAUCAUUUAAAUUCACUGGUUUACAUAAGCGUUCACCCUAAUUUACGUAUUUUGCUUUCACCCGAAACUCGCGUUACACUUAUUUACAGCAAUAUUAUAUGCUCUUUAUUCAUAAAAUCUACAUUUCAUAACCCCAUGUGAAUUAAUAUUGUUCUGUUUUCUAUUCCACGUAACGUAACCUACGAACGAGAACCAAAACAAACACAUCGACGCCUGCUAGAUGCGAGUGCGAGCGUAGGCGAUAAGCGCCCGAGUUCGAGAUAAUCGAUUUAAGUGUCGAUACAUUCAUGGCAACUGUUUUUUCUGUGCGUAAAAGUGUAGCCGGUGCAGUCUAUUAACGAUUCUAUCCGUUUACCGCGUCAGUGGCCACGCGCAUUGUGUUCAUGUGUUUACUAAAGGGAUGUUCACAAUAAAAUUAUCUCGUGAUUGAUGAAAUACGUGUUUGUUAAUACUGAGUGUUGAAAAUGCCGAAAGUUGUAAGUGUUUUUGAUCGCGCACGUGAAUUUGAGAGCGAUGGAUUUUACGUUUUUGACAAAGUGAACAAAACAUUGAUGUGUAAAUUUUGUAAUGUUAAAAUAGAGUGGGCUCGCAAAGACACGUGUGUCAAGCAUUGCCGCGAUGGUACAGUGCACAGACAGAAAAAAGCAGCAGCUGAAUCACAAGCCUGCACAAGCAAAAGGCAAAUUUCUGUUGGUGACAGCUUUCAGGUGGCAAAAAAGACGAAAGUUGACAAAUAAAUUUUUGCCUCAUCUUUGACAAAAGCUUUCAUGGAAGCGAACAUACCAUUGGAGAAACUCGGCGAUCCUGCAAUAAAAAACUUUGUGGAAACUUUUGUUCCUGGUGGAGGGCAGUUACCAUGUGUAAAAACAUUGCGUGAGACGUAUGUGCCCAAGAUCCAAGAAGCGGCUGAGGAGCAGUGGAUUAAAUCAAUUGAGGGACAAGAUAUUGUUAUUUUGUGUGAUGAAACCACUGACAAAAAGGGACGGUGUGUUUUUGUGGUGCUUUUCAAAACAUUACAAGCUUCAGACUCACAAAUUCUUCUUGUUGCCGGGGUCAAAAUUUUAGAGAAUUCUAAUGCUAGUGAGUGCUCGCGGGCAAUAUUAGAAGUACUGACAAAAUUUAAGGUUGACCAUACAAGGGUUGUUGCGGUUGUGUGUGACAGUGCACACUACAUGACAAAGUGUGUGCAUUCUUUACAAGUUGUUCUUUCGUCUGAGGGUAGGGACGUCCUUCAUGUUCAGUGUUGGAGUCAUAAACUGAAUCUCAUUCAAAAUAUUUGGCCCCAAUCUCUGCCGGAGCUUAACAAUUUUGUUAGCAAGACGAAAACAGCAUUUAUGAACACGCGCAAAAGGAAACACAAGUACUUGUGUUUUCUCAAGCAGCGCUAUCCAGAACAAGAAAAGCCUCAUGUUCUGUUUCCAUCACCAGUCCUUACAAGAUGGGGUUCAUGGUUUGAGUCGGUGGGUUAUGUUAACACAUACCUUGACGACUUGGUAACAUACCUGAAGUCACUGGAGCUCGAGUCGUCAGAAGCUCUGAUGUAUUUUCAAACCUUGUCAGUGGAAGAGAUUGUAAUCAUUCAAUGUCAGGCUGAAUUUCUCGUCGAACAUGGGUGUGCUUUGGUUGAGCUGACAAAGCAGCUGGAGGGUUCAAGCUACCCCAUGUCCCACUUGAUCAGUGGAAAACUCUCAGACUUGUUGAAAAGUUUGCAGCUGGUGAAUGAUUUUAAUUUUGGCUCAAAAACAAAUGAGAGUCUAAAGUUGUUGGCAGCUGUUAAACAAGGUUUGGUUAAAUCCCAGUUCCAGUCCUGUGGGUUGAGGUGUCACACAAAGUUGAUGAAGUUGAUUAAUGAAGAUCCUUCCAAAAAUAUCUUCCAAAACUUGGGGCAACUGUUUAAUCCACGGGAAAUAAUGUUGAAUGAUGUUUGCAAUGAUAUGGUCAGGGCAGGAAAAUCAUUGCUAUUUGUUUCAACUGUUUCAGGAAAAGAAUUUUUGGAAGGAUACUCAGCCUUAAAGGAAAUAGUAGUUGAGAAAGUGAAAAAGAGUGAAGGAAGUGUGGAUAUCAUUCCAAUUCUGUUGGCCUUGAAACUGGACCAUUCAGCUUUUGCAUGCAAUGCUCUGAAAGCCAUUUGGAUACCAGUAUCAAAUGUUGACUCUGAAAGGACAUUUUCAGCAUAUUCCGAUGUGUUUUCAGACAAAAGGCGAAGUUUGAAACCUCAAAACGUUGAGCUUAUGGUCUCAUUGUACUUUGGAAGUAAAACAUAACAUGUUGAAGAAACUCGGACUAAGUUAUACUUACAGUGCUGAAUUGUUAUUAGCAUAAAUUUUGCUUCUUGUCUUACAUAUUGAAUAAUUUUUGUAAUUUUUAACUAUUGAAACUGUUGAUUUGUAAUUUGUAUUUUUUUGUGGAAAGCUGGAAAAAAAUGUAGGCCUGUCCGAUUAUAUUUGCAUUCUAUAUGACAUAAUUUUUGUAAGUACAGCGUGUAUUUUUUUUUAAUUCACACUUCCGAAGUGCAGUUUUUAUGACGAAAUAUAAAAAUUUUUAUGACGAAAUCAAGAAAUUUUUAUGGCGAAAUCUGCUUAUUUUAUUUACCGUUAAAGUAGGGCUCUAAGCAUAACACAAUUUUUGCACUACUGCAAUAACAUUUCUAUAGCCCGCCCGUUCAUAGUAUAUUUCACCAUUUCAAAACUUUGAUGAACUACAGAUUUCCGGCUACCGACGUUUUCUUUCACUACAUGUAAACACUAUCACGUGACUGUGGCAACGGUCAAAUAUUGGCGUGAUUGCCUUUUGCGAUGCAAGAUGGUUUAGGUUUACCCUAGCUGCAAUCUACUUAAAGGCUUUUGCUAUUACUGAAAACCAAAAUUUAGCGGAUUUAUUUAACAUGUUUAACCUCAAACACUUGUAUUAUAUAUUUGCUACGUCUUCAAUUGGGCCACAGUUAUUUUGAAAUGAUUUAAGGUUGUCUAAACUAAUGCAAAAAUUGUUAAAAAAAGAUGCUUUUUUUCUUUUCUGUUUCACCAUAUCUGUACUAAAUGGGCAGUAAAAAUUAAAUAUAGGCCUAGCUAUAAAAAAGUGAUAUGUGUUGCCCCAAGAUGACUUUCUGAAAUGGAAUGUGUGUUAAAUAAUCAUUUGGCAGAUGAAAAUGUUUUUAAGAACUACAACUAAAACAUGUUGCAUAAAAUAGUAGUUGCAAUACACAAUUUUUAAAAUCUCAGGAUGGUCAUUUUGAAUUAACUGUUUUUAAUUUCUUAUAUGUGAGGUUCACAAAAGUUGUCUUUUAUGACAGCAUUGACUUAAUUUGAUUUACUUGUGUUUGUUAGAUACUAAAAUAAACACAUUUAUAUAAAUUAAAUGUCUAAGGUAUCUGACAGUUUGCACGUAUGUAUGUUAAAUAAUGUAACAUAUAAUUUGGUUAUAUAUACGAUUGACUGUUAUUUUCAUUUCUUAGUUCUUUAAUUCUUAAGUAGCUGUUAGCUAACACAAAAAUACACAUUCCAAAAGAAAGUUAAAAACAAGUCAGUUUAAAUAAAAGAAAAUUGUACCAUUUUCAUGUCUUUACUGCAUUAUUAAAACAGUAAGGCCAACUAGAUAAACUAUUUUGUAGGUUUCUAACUUUGUAAAACAGCAAACAUAAUACAAAAAAUUAAACACAUCAAUUAAAUUUUGCGUAACUUGGCCAAGCUCUUGUUAUGGGCAGCAUCGCUGUCUGAAGGUCGUCCCGGUGGCAGAAGAGGCUUGCAUGUUGUUGUGUAAUAAUCCUUCUUCGAGUCAUGAUGCAAUAGAAAUGCGAUAUGGAGGAGAUGGAGAUAAGCGAGUGGCUACGUAGUCGAGAUUCCUGCCGUAGUUACAGUCUGGGUAGCAUUUAUCUGCAUGAUGUUUUCCAUGAAUAUUUGUGUGAAUUAGGGAUGGGCCGGUCGAAUCCUCGAAUCCCACCGAAUCUCUAGUAUUCGAAAGAUUCGAAAUUCGAGGGAAAAGAUUCGGGAUUCGAGGAAAAAUAUUGAUGUAAAUGUAGUACUUUAAAAACUUAAAUGCUUACAAUUUACUUGGCCUGUUUACAUUUUCCUUGGAACACAUCCUAUUGAGGUACAGUAGAACCUCGUUAAUACAUGAUGGUCACGACCGAGAUAAUCACGGAUUACCGAAUUUCACGGACUAGCGAUUAAAAGCCCGGAAAGUCUUGUCAAGCUUCUCAGACACCGGCGUGCAGCUGGGUUAAGGCCGUUCAUGGUAAGGGCCGGCCGUCUUCUAGUGAUGGGUCGUUCGUGAACGAUUCGUUCAAAAAGAACGAAUCUUUGAGAGAACGAAAUCUUGCGAUUCGUUCGCGAUGUAAAGAACCGGCUCUUUGAGAGCCGGUACCUUCCAAGAUUCGGAAGAACGAAAACGCGGGGAGAACGAGAGAACGAGAUGAGAGAACCUGCCAUGCGCCCGGUCCAAUUCGUUCGUGAAAUGAUUCAUGACGUCAGGAGUCUAAAGAAUUAGUAAUCACAGCGUGCACAUGUUCACAAGAGCAAACGAUAACUGAUUAAAUAAAAUAGAGUAACAUGAAAAGUAUCUAUACCUGAAAAUGUCAACUGUUAAGUAGUGGUUUAAAAUUGCUUUUUCACAUUCACAUACACAAAUUUUGAAAUAAAAAACUAAAAAAAAAAAAAACCGUAUGAAUUAAAAAUAACAGGGAAAGUAACUACAAAUGUUCACACUUACAAUUUUUUGGUUAAUUAAUGUACUUCAUUUGUCUCUCUUCAUACUGAAUCGCAGUAGUAAUAUUAAAUUUUUGUAUUAUUUUCUCUAAAUGUGUUGGUCUACAUGUAAACACUUUACUGUCACUAGAGUGUAAAUAGCCUGUAGGUAGGUAUAUUAAUAUUUGUAACUUAAAAAGUAAUAAAAUAUACACAACUGUGAUUCACUGGCUACGAAAAGCAAUGUUCAAAUACAAAAACAUGUAGCUAAUACUCUAAAGGAUGAACGAGUUACGAGACCUGAUAAAAGAGCCAGAUCCCAUACACAGAAAAGAACAAAAUGAACUAGAUGAACGAAUCGUUCUGAACAAAUCAUUUCACGGAACUGAUCCAAAAGAACCGAUUCGGUCAAAGUAACCGUUCUGCCCAUCACUACUGUCUUCGAAUUGGUGUCUCUUGGUGUCUCGGCUUAAUAAAAUACAGCACUGCCUAGCAAUUAGUUCACGGUUAUUUACAACAGCCGAAGAGAGAAAGAUAAGAUCGUGCUGACCUUGCACCACCACCCCCCCACCCCCUCCUCUUCGUACAGCCGAAUGCCAGCCAGACACGUCACUCGCCAGGCGCCUGCCGUGCGUUGGCGGGUGGAAACAAACAUAGGGAGACGGGAAGCAGAAGUCAGGACAUCCCCCUCAAGUUUAAAGAGUGACAAAUGUGACAGCUGAAAGGGGGGCGACACAAAGGGUCGGUACAAACAGCGUUGCAGAGUUUGGCAGAGUUUGGCGGCCCACGCCAUGGCUUGUAGUGUUUGCCGGCCGGCCCGCGUGACGUUAAUUUUAAGCGCUGACAAUUUUUACUUCUCUUUUUUCUCUUCUCUUUUAAAUCGUCCCGGAUUAUCCGAUUCCCGAAUUAGCGUAUCACGGAUUAACGAGGCUCUACUGUAUUUUACUUUUAAUUCGUUAUUAUAUAAAAAAAAUUAUGAAGCUUGUACUGAUUUGGGAAACUUACUUUAUAUUCAUGAACAUGGAUGCAUUGUCGCUACAUUGGCAUUAAAUAAGGCAUAAAUCACAGAUGUAUUCUCAGAAUAUGCUAAAAUAUAAAAUAGAGCACAUUUAGGAUCUAGACUAAAUAUGAAUCUUGUUUUUUUUUUUUUUAAUAACUUUACCGAGAAAUCUGUUACUUAGUAAUACAACAAUAAUGCCGACUUUGAUUACAAGUUACGGUCGCACAUGUAGUAAUAACAAUGAAAUAAUGAAUGACAAAAAUUAAUACAUUAUACAAUUAUUAUUUUAAUCGCAAUUCAAUUUUAAAUAUUCUGAUACACGUUCUAUUUAUGAAUUUUUUUAGGACCAAGUUUGGUUUGUGUAGACUACCAACGUUAAAAUAUGUAUUAUCUGAGAAUUCCAUGAUGGCCAACCAAUGAAUUUGUUAGCCAAUCAUUUUGAGCAACAUAAAAAAUAACUAAUAUUAAUAUAAAAAAUUUUAAUGGGUAAACUAGAGAAAACACCCCGUCACUUUUAACUUCGGGCAUAUUAAUCACUAUGCUUUAGUGAGGCUUAAUUUUAACUCGUCAAUGGUCGCGCUAUGAGCAUUUUGCUCACCCUCAGAAAUAGUUUUACUGUUAUUGUUUUUAUUGCUGUGGGGAGGUGUCCUUUUUUCUAGCUGAGUUUUGAACCUUCCUUUUUAAGUCACUAGGUGGCUGACAGAAUGUAACUAAUACUUGGUCUUGAGAUAAGAUAUCGUUUACAGGCAUGCACGCUGCAUGAGCAGUUUGCUCACAGUGCGACCAGUCGCGUUUCUACAAUUGUGACGACAGUUCGGUUUGCAAAGUGCUGUGUUUAGUCGUGGAAUAUAUUCUCGUGAGACUAAAUCUAAUGAUUCGUGGUAUUACUUAUUGAAAUGAAUCGGGAGAAGAACAUUGUGGCUUUGGCUCUUCAACAAAUCGCUGAAUGUUCCAGAACAGGUAAGUUAUGUUAUAAUUAUCAAUAUUUUGAUUGAAAAUACAAAAAAAAAAAUAUUACAUAAAACAUCAACAUAGUAAACAUUAUCAUUUUGUUACAAAAUUAUUGAUUUUCGCAUCAAAAUAAGAAAUUACUUUUGAAUACGUAUGCUGAAAAGCUGAAUUUGCAUAGAAGUUAGACAAGAUUUUAUAAUUUUGGAAAAACUCUUAGGAAUUCCAGAGGAAGAUAUGUAAUUAUAGUCUUUCCAUAGUUUUAUGAAUCUAUUUUAUUUUUUACUAGAAUUUUCAUUAAUGUGAUAUAUAUUCUGUGCUUUGUAUUUACAGAAGUUCCACCAUGGUUGCCGUAGAGUUUACCACCUGAAAACCAAGCAGCCGCCAAUGAUCAAAAUUUUGACCAAAAUGUUGAAAAAUCCUAAUAGAGUUAGGUGUUAUAAAAUGUAAAUUUCCUUGAAAGCAGUUAAUUUUGAAAUAGAAAUUCUCUAUUGCAUAAUGCGUGUUCUAUUAGUCAUAGUCUCAAAUGUAUAACAUAAAUUAGUGUGCCCUCAAAAGACUCAGUAGAUUUAAUUUUUUUUUUGCUAGAAAAUCAUGAAGUAGUAAAAAAUGUGUGAUUUUCUGUUUUGCUUCCAAAACUACUGCAUUUAUUGUUGAUGUAUUCAUAGGCCGGACGAAGAAAUUUCAGUAUACAGCCAAAUAGUUUAUUCUGAUAAUGAUUUAUGUAAAAAAAUUUUUUUUAAUUAUGUGAUAAUAAUAUUAAAUAUUAUUUAAACAAGCAAAGUUGUUUCAUUUGCAAUAAGUAAAAUACAGUAGAAUCUCGUUAUAGCGAGCACGGUAAUAGCGAGAACACGGCUAUAACGAGGUAUUUUUGAGGAAUUUACGGCGUGAUGGCUUGAAGCGCGCUUUUGUUAUUUAUCUUCUUUAUCUCCACCCCUCUCGCUCGCCACUAGACAUCUUGCCGUUGACGCCUGUCACAUUCUUCAGCCGUGCAGUCGCCACCUAACUGCGUGGCUUUAAAAAUAGAAUCCCUUCCUUUCUUAAUUUUAUCAAACUUCCGUUAGUUAUCUGUGCAGUGUGUAGACAAAGUUUAAUAUUGGAACAGAAACAACGUAAGAAAGUAUUUUUUACAAAUUAGAAAUAUGUAUGUUUUUGUUUUUAUAAUCGCGUAUAUUUUCACGUUUUUUGUUGUUGUUAUCUUAAAAGAGAUAAUAUUAAAAAGCCGCUCUAAUGAGAUUUAAUUGUUUCUUGGUUAACAAAAACUAUUAAUUGUUUAUAUUCUAUUUAUUAUUAUUUACGCGACGUCAUACGCGUACGCAAUACGACUGGAUUCGUUGCUGCAACAUAACAUAGCAAAUUAUGCGGAUCAGAAGUAACGAGUAACGUAACGAUAGUAACGAGUACUAAUUGUUAUAGUAACGAAUACAUACGGGUACACAUUUUUUCGUUACUUUUACACCUCUAGUAGGCACUACCGUAUUUAUUUCCGAAUCGCUAGGACAGUUUUCUUGUAACUUUUGUUUCGGUCAGUUGUUGGGGUAUUUGUCCGGGAAAGGGGUGCUGAUGUUUUGAGUUUAAUCCCAAAUUUAUUUUCUAAAAAAGUUGACAGGUUUAUUUAAAUGAAAAAAGUAUAGUUUUCCAGCGACUAUUUCGUUUGAGGCAUACGUGCGUUGCCGCAGCCGCACUCCUGCUAUUUUGUAAGGAAAUAAAUUGUCGCGCUACACUAGCGCCACCUGUUAGCAACAUCCCGAACCAACAUGGCCGCCAGCAGACAGCCCGCGUCGGCAAUAGAUAGCAGGACAAUGCUGCGUCGGCCGCGGGCUGAGAUGCUAUACUUACGUGGCGUGGUAGGGUAUUCUGGUUAUUUUGACGCAAUCGGUGAUCGCAUCCGUACUUAUGGGGUAUCGUUUUAAAGAGAAUUCACACAUCUGCUCACAGAAAUUAAGAUUUCGUUAAUAUAACCUGUUAUUUUCCAAUUAUACAGGUUUAAACACAAUUUUUAUGCUAUUUUCGGUUAAUUUUUAAUUUUUGGGGGCCAAAAUUUGUCCAAUUCGGUUAUAGCGAGGAUCAAACCCGGAACCGUGACACUUCGCUAUAACGGGACUCUAGUGUAUUUGGCCUUUUAAAAGUGGUUAAGCACGACUCUAAUCGUAAAAUUAAGUCUGAGCAAAAUGCUCAUGCGCGACCACUGGUGUAACAUUUUACAAUGCGACCAAUGACGGGUUAAAAGACGCAGAACAAUAUUUCUUAUGGCCUAAAACCAUUGAAGCCAAGAUGGCGCCUUUCAGUUUCCAUUAAACAGUUCAGGAAAGCGUUUACCUUCAUUUGGGACUUUAAACAAAUGUCAAGUUGGUAACUACAAAAUAUUGUUCCGUCGGAUGUUGAAUUUCGUUUUCCGAUUUCCGUGGAUACAUGAAUCACUGUACUCACAGAUAAUGCCUAAAUGCCUUAAAUCCACCAAGUCGGAUUCUACAGCAAUUGAUGAAGUGACCAGAUUCUUACGUGAUCCUACAGUUAACCCAGAAAUAAACAUUCUCGAAUACUGGAAAACUCAGUCUGCGUGUUCACCCAGGCUACAUAAACUGUCUAAAAAAUAUUUGUGUUCACCACCUGCGACAGUGUUCUCUGAACGUUUGUUCAGCACUGCAGGAAACAUAUGUGACCAAAAACGGAAUCGUCUUGAUCCAGACCGAGUCAAAAUCCUUGUUUUUUUAAAUAAAAAUUUAAAGGUUAAAUAAUUCUGCAUAAUGUUUAAUUUUUUCUCUUAACUUAUAAAUAAUUUUAUAAUUAACCCUUGAGAACUGGAUUCGGAUUCGAGGGGUGGAUUCGAGGUACUGUUUGGGAUUCGGAUUCGAGAAAAAUGGGAUUCGAACCAUCACUAGUGUGAAUAAAUCUGAAAAACUCUAAAUUUAACAUUUUUCAUGUUAAGACUUCCAGACAUGGCACCAAUAUGUGAUGGGUAUCAAAGAUUCUGUAUCAUUCCAUCUGUGUCUAGAUGUAUGAGUGAUCGUGUAACACGCAUAUGUGCUGCUUAAAGAGCAAUAUUCCAGAACACCUCACUCGUCUGAAGUGAAAAUAUGGUGCAAUUAACUCAUCUUUGAGCAUUCCCAGAUAUUGCAGACAUAAUGUUGAAAAUUCAGUUCUGUGAAGAUUUAUGUAUGUCCUGGUCUAAUUAACAUAUUUUUCGAGGUGCCCCUAGGAAACUGACAUUGGUGUAUGUAUUAAGUAUUGUACUGAGGUGGGGCUGCAGUUAACGUGCCACAGAGGAAGUCAUCAUAUUGCUUAUGCAUAUUGUUAAGAAGUAUUUAUUAGUGAAAAUCACUUGGUAUUUGUCCUGUUCCUGUGGAAUUUGUUACAUAUAUGAAGUUUUAUUAAUAUAAAUGUUGU